AAUAGUGAACAUGUUAAAAUCGCGCUUCUUUAGUCUCGCCACUUUUUGUUGCUUGUUUUUCACAUUAACUUCUUGUCAACGAUAUCCGGAUCAAAAUUUGGACUUGGACUAUGAAUAUGAUCAAUGGCCGUAUCCUUCAAAUAAUCAUCCACUAAAUAUAGACAACAAUCGUAAUUUGUAUCGUCCUACGCCAGUACGUCCACCACCACCACCACGCGAUCCAAACGUAAUUGUGGUGCCGCGUUUGGGUGAAGUGCGUGGCAAAGUUGGUUAUAAAGUGAUUAAAGGACGUUCGAUUAAUGCAUUUUUAGGUUUAAAAUACGGCGUCGUUGGACCAGGCUUAGGACGUUUUCAAAAAGCUUCUGUUCCUGAAAGCACUAAUAAUGACGUAAUAGAUGCAACAAGAGAACCAGCAAACUGCCCACAAUUUCCUGAUUUGCGUUUGAUAACACAGGCCGAACAGAGAAGAGAAAAUGUGGAUGAUUGCUUAACACUCAAUAUUUACACCCCAAAUAAAGCAGGUCAAUUUCCGGUAAUUGUGUUUGUACACGGUGAAAUGUUAUUUGAUGGCAGUGCCGCUGAAGGUCAACCUGACUAUUUUCUGGAACACGAUGUAGUACUGGUAACCAUUAACUAUCGCUUAGCACCAUUUGGUUUUCUGACCACUUUAACAGAUGAUAUGCCCGGCAAUGUAGCACUUGCAGAUAUACACAUGGCCUUGGAAUGGGUGAACCAAUAUAUACGUCCUUUCGGAGGUAAUGCAGAUCAAGUAACAUUAAUCGGUCAAGCAGGUGGAGCAACACUGGUUCACGCUUUAAGUUUAAGUGAUAAGGCACUUGGUUUGUUCCACAAAUUAAUUUUACAAUCCGGCACAGCAUUGAAUCCCUAUUUUUGGGAUGAAGAUCCACUUAACACACUGAAAAGUUUUGCUAGAUUAGCAAGUUGCCCAGUAAGUAACAGUGACAGAAACAACACUUACUUGAUAAAUUGUCUUCAGCAUAUGACAACCACUAAUCUAUUGACUACAUUCAAAAACCAUUGGGAAAGGUACGAACCAUACGGCACAAGAAUAACAGGAGGCUUUAAGUUGGUUGUUGGUGAUAGAUUAGGAUACAUAACACAGAGUCCUGCAGCACUUGUUGCCAAUAAUAUGUAUCCAGUGAUUAUGGGUGUCACUAAGGAUGCAGGCGCAUUUAUUUUGUCAAGAUUUUAUAAUCAAUUGGAACAAUUGCGCUCACGCAACAUAAGUGACUUUAUAAAUGUCGUGCUUAAACACACAGCACAACCACGACAUCAUCAAUUGUGGAAGAAUCUAGCAUUGCAGCAAAUAUUUACAGAAGAAGAUAUACGUAAUCCUAAGUUAUAUAGCAUAGCACAAGGAUUACUAGAGCUAACAAAUUUAAUUUUGUAUCGCGGCCCUAUUAUUGAUUCUAUACGUUACACAUAUAGAAAGUAUCCAACUUAUUUAUAUUGCUUUGAUUAUCGUGGCGAGUUUCAUCGUUUCGGACAUCUACCAAAUCCUUUACCAUAUCAAGCUGAUGCAACACUUAGUGAUGAUAAUAUUUACUUAUAUCCUUAUCCGCAAGAAGUAAGCCAACUUAACGCAAAGGAUAAACAAAUUGCUACUGCUUUAGUUAAUAUGUGGGUUAGCUUUGCCGAGUAUAAUAAUCCAACACCACGUAAUACAAAUCUUUGGCCAAAUGUAACUUCAGACUACGGCCCAUUUGUGCGUAUUUCGAAUGUUAAUGAGAACUCAUUAGAAUUGGAUUAUCAUUUUGGAGAAGGAAUACCAACACCCAAUUUAUAUCCUGAAUAUUUUACAACCACAACCACUUCGACAACUCCAAGAACCACUACAACUACUACCACUCAACGUACUAAUCCAUACUAUCCUAAUUAUGAAGGUUAUCGGCCGCCUCUCUACAACUAUCCAAACUCAAACGACUAUUCACAGAAUAGAAGACAAGACUACGAACAACCACAUAAUGUUCCAUAUGACCGCAAUCGGUUUGGCUAAACUAUUUGAAGCAUAAAACACAAAUUAUUGUUCAUAACAUAUAAUAUUAUUUAAAAA